AUGAAGACUCCCUAUAAAAAUAGGGAUAAGAGUAAGUAUUGUCACUUCCACAAAGACUGUGGACAUGAAACAAAUGAAUGUAAACAUCUUAAGAGAGCUUUGGAAGAUUUAGCUCGGAAAGGGAAGAUGAAUUUGUACUUGCCCAAGGAGGGAGAAAAUUUCAGAAAAAAGAUGAUCGUCAAAGAAAGAAGAAAGAAAGAAAGUGAGAGUACCGAUGAGGAUGUGGUUCUGGUCAUAUCAGGAGGAUUUGCAGUCGGAAGAUCGACUAAGCGGGGACAUAAGAACUACCUUAGGGAACUCGGUCAGCAUCUGCUCACCAAUCAGGCAGAGACUGACCUAUUCCUAAAAGUAGUCGUUAGUGAAUUGGAUCGGGGGAAAUUGACAACUCCUCAUGAUGAUCCCUUGGUAGUAAAGAUGAAGAUAGUAAAUUUGAGAGUAAGAAGGAUUCUGAUCAAUACCGGAAGUUCAUCACAUAACAUAAAAGAUGAUUGUUUGUCAAGGUUAAAAUUCAAUGAAGGCGACUUCGUCCCAGUUCAUCAUCCCGUAAUGGGGUUUGGGGGAGGAAUCAUCCACCCAAUGGGAACUGUUACCUUGCCCGUCAGGGUAGGAGACAAAGAGGCGUCCAGAACUUUGUUUGUUAAGUUCUUGGUCGUUAGAGAUUUGACAGCCUACAAUGUCAUUCUAGGACGACUAAACCUGAACCAUAUUAAGGCAGUAAUUGUUACUCAUCUUAUGCUGAUGAAGCUUGAGUGUGAUGGGGGAAAAAUUGGAUCACUAUAUGGGGAUCAGCAAGCGGCUAGAGAAUGUUAUCUCACCACCCUGAGACCCUCAUCAUGGAGAGGAGAAAAGUCAGAACAGCCAAGGAAACUACUGAAAGUAAGGCAGACGAGUUUGUUAAAGACCAAGUGGACGCUCUGA